CACCUGUACUAUAUUGACCUGACGACGGUGGAGUCCCCACGGCUGGUACAGAGGACCUUCCUGAACAACAAGCCCAUCACCUUCCUCCAGUACGACCAGAUCGGCCGCUUCCUGGUGACCGCGGGGCCGAGCGGCUAUAUUUUCAUCCUCGAUUCCAGACCCUCCAAACACUUCCGGGUGCUCGGCUACACAGAUGUGAGCAGUGAGAUCGUGGGGCUGUCGAUGGCCUAUGAGAAGCUGAGGAGGAAGGCGACGGCGGUGGCGCUGGCCACGCCCUACACGAUGGACGAGGUGGUGGGUGGCCUGAGCUUGGACCUGUUCGAGGUGCCCGGAGAACUGCUAGCAGACUAUUCUCAGGCCACCAAUUAUCGGGGGGAGUUGGCCACGAGCACCAUUAACAAGCUGAAAUGCCAGCUGGAUUUCCCCCUGACCUCAGUCGCUCUGCACCACAAUAACCAUAUCUUUGGCUAUUGCAACGCCACCAAAUCCAUCCACAAGUUCCUCAUUACAACGGACGAGGCACGUGGUAUAUUCUCGCUGAUGCCACAGGUGAAAGUAGAGGGACACCAGUUGGCGCCAGGGCGGUUGCUGCUGUCCCCGAGCUGCCAGUGGCUGCUGUCAGUGGGCAGGGACGGCUUCCUCAAGAUCAGAGAUAUUGGCAAACUGGAGAAGAGUCUGAAGAUUCAGUGUCAUUCCUACCGCACUGAGGGAAUUCGCACCGUGGCCUUCGCCUUAGACUGUCAGCACCUGGUGACCGCCGGCCUGCACGAUGGAGCCCUGGUGUGUCUGGCCACCAGGUUUGAAAUGGUGGUGACCCCCAAGUCCAAGGCAGCGCUGGAAUACAGCCGCUCACUCAGUAACGUGCUGGAGAAGUUCUACACCAGCGAGGACAGGGUGCUGAGAGCCAUGGCCGACUGGAUCAUAGCCAACACCAGCCAACACAAGCAGAGACAAAUCUCCAUCUUGUCGGACACCAAUUUAACAUUUGAGGAGGAUGCUGACGGUCAAGUAUCUCCCACUAGCAACUCCACUGAGCAACCCUUCAUCCACAGCUCCUCCAUCUGGGAGGGUGGCUGGGAUACCACCUGGCUCCAGAGGAAGAUGGAGAAGGCUAUCUGGUUGGACAAUCGGAAGAACGCAGAGGAGAAGGCGAGCCUGCGGAAGGGAAUCCACCAGCUCCGCAGCACGAUCCAAGAAAUGAUGCAGGAGAACGAGGAGUUAACGGAGAUCAAACAGUUGGAUCGUCAGGAAUUCAACCUGAACCUGGAGGAGCAGCAAGAGCUGCAGAAGCAAGGGGAGGAGCAGGUGGCCAAGGUGCGGGAGGAGAUCGAACUGGACCAGUUGGCCAAUCAGUACCUGCGUCAGGUAGUGAAGAGGGAAUGCUGGGAUAAGAUGACUGUGAAGGGACGAUCGUUAGAGGCCUUCCACUCAGGGCUGGAGGUGACCAAUUACCCAAUGAGGUCCCAGGACGAGGGGGAAAUGAAGCUACUGAAGAGAAUCCUUCUCCUGAGGAAAACCGAGAUCGCUGACCUCACGGCUCGCAAAGAGAUUGUGGAGAUUGCGGUGAAACCGGAGAAGGAUGAGGAGGAGGGUGAUGAGGAAGAUAUGACAGAGAGCGAGAGCACGGCUCUGCUGGGUAGCCUGAGUGGGGAGUAUGGCUUGAGUAACCCCCACUUGUACAGCCAGUUCCACAUGCACACCAAGGAGGAGCGUCUCAACCAAAUCUGUAUGCUGAAGAAUAUUAUUCACAACAUCAAGAUGGAGUUUAACAAGGAGUUUGAGGUUGUUUACAAGCAGAAAGAGCAGGAAAUUGCUCGGGUCACCUCCAAGAACAAUCGCAUCCUGGAGAUCAUGGACCAGCUCGGCAUAAAGGAGGAUAUCUCAGAGCCCCACAUGAGCAACAAUGAGAAGCCAGAACGAGAUCUUGAAGUCCAGGACUCUGAGAUAGUGGCGGAGAGAUACCUGACCCCGGAGCAGCAGCGCAGGCUGCAGGAAGAGGCCAUCGCAGAGGAACAGCGACGAUUGGCGGCCAAGGCUGACAAUCUGCGAGAGCGAGCCCUGCAGGACAUGAUGGGGGGAGUACUGGAGGUGAAGAAGUCCGACAUUCUGAAGAUGGAACUACCUGCGUUACCAUUCAUGAUGAAGCCGGACUAUGAAUGGACAGAGGAGCAGAAGCGCCAGGCCAAAGAGCAUUUGAUCAAAGAGCAGGAACUCAAUGAAGAGAAAGACAAGUACCGCAAGACACUGGAGUCAGAGAUGAGGAAACUGCAGGCCUCAGUGACGGAGGCCACACACGCCUUCGACGAUGUCUUUGCCAAACUGUUUGACAAGAAAAUAAAGAGUGAAAUGAUCAUUUACCAGGAGGAGCUGAAGAUCACUAACCUGGUUGUGAUUGUGCUGUGCUGUGAGGAGAUCAACACGUGGGAGGCAGAACUCAACUACCUCAUCAACAAGAACAUCAAGCAGAAGGAGGAGUCAGAACAGCGCUUGUUGGAGACCAAGGUUCAGGUGGACCAAUAUCGAGAGGCCUAUGAUGACCUCGUUGCUGAAGACAAGCUGCUGGAUCGUGGAUUCAGGAAAGAGUUUUUUGAACUGAAUGCCCACACAGUCGACCAGUUGUAUAAACAGUUCAAACGCAGGCCCCGGAUACAGAGAACCAGGACAGAAGCAGAAACUGCCAACCCGUUCUAUAAUGAGUUAUUGCUGGGGAAGGAUCCACACAUUGAGAUGAUGGAGGCCAUGGACACACUGGACGUUCCUGACCACCUGCCGGACGGUGUGGACACCGAUGUGUGGCAGCGCUUCUGUGACAUCCGCCGGGCCAAGGUGGAGAGUGAAUACCAGGUGAAACAGAAGUCCCUGGUGCUGGCCGAGAUGCAGGCGUUUCAGCAGAAGCGACUGGAAGAGGAUGAGAAAUAUGUGGAGAAACUCAGCAACCUGAGACAGCAGCUCAGCAAACUGCGGGACACAAAGGCUCAGUUUCAGCUGAACCUCAUGAUCCAGUUCCUGCUGAAGCAAGGCCAGGUGGAGGUGCAGAGCGGGAACUUCAUCCCCAACUACUCCAGCUCCAUCCUGGUCCACAGGAAAGUGCUGGAGGAUCUCAACAGCACCAUCCAGACAUACGGGGAACAGAAAGUGGCCAAUAUGGUGGAGAGCAAGGAUUUCCGUAAGGGCAUCAUCCAGCUGGAGUGGGAGCACAUGAAGAUGAAGAUGCAAAUGGAAGAUUUACGCAACAAAACGCGUGACAUCCAGAAGCUAUUGAUCACCAGGGAGAUCCAGGAGUACCUCAGGCAGCAGGACUAUGAUAACCGUGUGGUCAAUCAGAUUGUGAUCAUGGAGCAAAGACUCAAAAAACAGGAGAAGUUCUACGAGAAGGACGUGAAGGAGAAGAAAAGGGUCGGCAAACACCUAGAGAAGCAAAUGGGCCGAAUAAAGCGUCAGAACAAGAGCCUGACCCUGCAGCUGAAGGAGGUGCAAAUCUCGGUGGCUGAGAGGCAAGAGAUCCAAGAUACCAUGUCCUCAGACGAGUCCGGGCAGCAAAUCGCGCAGAAUCGCUACGUGGAGAUUGUGCAGCGACGUCGGCUGAUGGAGUUGGCAAAGAGCCAGGCCGAGGAGAUCACCUUCCUGCGGGCAGAGGUGGACAGACUGCGCCUGAAAACCUUCCCAGCCCUGCAGACACAACCCCAAUAACCUCAGCACUGCCCCCAGCACAGCCCCUCUAACCCACAGCCCCUCUAACCCACA